UCUUGGUUGUUGCAGCAGUGCGGCAGCGGUAGCAGCGGCGGCAGCGGCUCGACGGAGGGUGUCGUGGUGAACGUCGGUACCAGUAACGGCGUCGGCAGCGUCGGCAGCGGCGGCGGCAGCGGCGUCGGCGUCGGUGGCAUGGACUGCAUGCCCUUGCGCCCCGGUCCGUUCCACUACCUCAUCAGCGAGCAAGCCAAGUCCCUGGUGGCCCUGCAGGAAUUGCAGAAUGAGGUCGGCGCCCUGCUCGAGUUCCGGGACCUCGUCAUCGAGACGUUCCCAAACCUCCGGCACAAGAUGGCUGCGACGGCGUCCGCGGGUGCGUCCGUGAUGUCGUCCACCUGUACCCAGAGCUCGCACAUCCCGCUGCCGCUGUCGAGCCCGUCCUCGCGAAGGAUCAGCGAAUGGGAGCCUGGCAAGAUAAGGCGGCGUGUGACGCGCGAAAGUAGCGGUGGCGGCGGCAGCGGUGGAAGCGGCAGCGGGGGUGGAGGUGAAUCCUCAUCCUCGUUGCCUAGAAGCCGCAGCAACUCCCACAGCGGCGGCACCAAGAACAACUGUAGUGCGACGGUCCAGGACUCCGGUUUCAGUACGGAGACCUCGUCGAAGGACAGCGCCUCGACGGCGAUCGCGCCGCGAGCGAGCAGCCCCCGGCCGAACGCGUUGGACGAGGCGGAGGAUGAGCUCUGGAACCUGCUAGACGUGAUCCACCGCAAGGGGAUCCGGCUGCGAGAGGAGGUUGAGUGCCUUCAGGGUCGCCUGGAGAGCGUGGCGACGGACGAGCUGGUGUCGACGGACGUGCUCGAGGCUGUGACAAAAAUCACCGGUCUUGGCAAUGCCGACAGGACGAUCGGCCGCAACGUUCUUGACGACGGGAGUGUCGAUCCCGAACAGCAGGACAGCAGGGACCCGCAAGUGAUAGCUCUCAGGCGGGAAAAGGAACAGCUGCUGGACAAGGUGGCCGAGCUCGAAGCGGAAACGAUAUCGAGUCGCGCUCGAGCUCAGGAACUGCAAACGGAAUUGGCCGCCCUAUCGGCGCUCAAGACUGGUCUGGAGGAUCGGUUGCGGGCUGGACUGACCGAGAGUGCCUCGGAGAUCUUGGCACCGGGCGUUCAAAGACUGCAACCUAUCGCGCCGGUGAUCUCUUCGCCGAAAAAUGCCAACGUUACUAGUAUCAAGAGCAAGAGCUCGGCAUUCGCGUCGGUCACCGGUAGUCCCGGAGGCAAGGUUCACAAGAGCCGCUUUCGCACGAGGACCAUCGAGAAGAAUGUACUGCUGGACGUGGUCGGGCGCAAUGACGAGAUGCGCAAUGUCGACAUCGAUAUUGAGGCGAACGUGAAUGAAAGGCGAGCUAGGCUGGGAGCGCUCGAUUCCAUCCUAGUCUCGCCCACCAGGGUGACUCACGUGAAAGACGUAGACUCGAAGAAGAUUGCGGCCAUUCUUCGCGAGCAUUCGCCCCUCGAGCUUCAGCGGCACCUAAUUACUACUACCGUCCAUAAUCAGGUCCUACAAAAAAGGCUAGAUGAAGUGAAAAAGAGUACCGAAACUCUCUCGGAGCGACUGGACAAAGCGCGCGAGGAGAACGACGAUUUGCGCUUCCAGUUGGAGGAACGAAAUAUCGAACUGGAAGGCACGAGGGCGCGGGUGCGCGUGUUGGAGCGUCUUCAGCAACGACCGCCGACGGAGGCCGAGCCGGAGGCGGACUUGGAACAGCCCAGGUGCGAGCAGAGCGGCCUCGAGCCCGGCAGCAGCACGGAGUCCGCGCGGGAUCAUCAUCAGCCGGUAGAGAUCAAACCGUCGCCGCGGCGGCGUCCUAGUCGUAUACCUUUACCCGGCAACGUGAGUGGCAAGACAACGUCGACGACGCCUACAGCGAGCGUGACUGCAACGACGCCUGUGCGACCUUCCAGUCACGGCAGGAACGACAGCAGGGAAUCGCUCAAGUCGCUAACGAGACCGCCGCGUGAUUCUAGUCGUGACAGCCAUGGCGGCGGCAAGUCGUUGUCGAAACCGCGCGACUCCAGCCGGGACUCGCUGGGCAAUAGAAGUCUGUCCAGGAGCGGUGGUAACGGAAGCAGCAACAGUAGCGUCGGUGGCGGCGGCGGCGGCGGCGGCGGCGGCGGCGGCGGCGGCAAGGAAAUAAACCGGGAGUCAUCCUUGAACAACCGGUCCCUGCCGCGUAACAAUUCCAGCCGAGACUCCUUAAAUAAAUCCUCCUCGCUGUCCCGCGCCCGUGACUCGCUGGAGUCUAACAACAAUCUGAGCACGUCCUCGCCCACCACGGGACCGACUAAUGCUCCCCCUCGACGACCGCCCGCUCCCGCACGCCGUUCCCACAGCCUGGCGCGCGCAGCGACGUCCGAUGUGUCCGAGAACGGCAAGAGCUGCACCGAACCACCGAGCUCCUGGUGUUCGAGCAACAGCAGUUUCCGUCACAGCGACUCGUCCCUCUAUCCGGAUUCCCUGAAUCAAGAGACAUCGUCCGUCACCGGUUCCACACGAGUAGAAUUCAUAAUCGGCUCGCCUACCAGGCGCUUCCGCACGAGCUCCGCCUGGGCGCAUCGCUACUUCGACAGCAUCGACUCGGCGGCUACGGUGCCCGAGAGCCUGCUAACCGACGAGUUUCCUCUUAGACGCGGCGAAGCUCUGGCCGAGUGCGACUCGCUCGAGUGUCAUCCGAUCUCGAGCGAGGAUUAAACGCGCAACCGAUCGAAACGUUAGCGCGAAGCUAGCGAAAGUGGCGAGUCGCGUAGAGCGAAUUUACUUGCUCUUGCUUCUUUCCAUUAUUUCACACCGUACCACUGGUUCUGCUUCUACGCGGCCUUACUCGCGUCGCGUCACCGAUGCGUACGCGAAUGUAUAAAUAACGGAAUUCUAGAAACAUAUUCGUUUAGAAGAUACGACGCGCUGGGGGAAUGACACUCGCGUUCUCAAUGACCCUUAUUCUGUGCCUUUUUAAUAUCGAAUGCUUUUCAUUUAUCUUUGUUUAAGAAUCGCGUCUCGUGGCGAUUCUAAGCGAACAUGAAAUCCAACGAUUCUAAACUCAAGUGUAACAAUACCGUUUCCCCGCAGGACUUACUACGUACUUCCCUCGAGUUGCAUUUAAAAGGCAUUUCAUACACCUUUAUAACACAACGGAGAUUUUUUAGCAGGCAAUUUUGCUAUCGAAUCAAAAGUAAAAAUGAUGUAACUGAUAAUAGCAAUUGUCCAAAACAGUGUUGAAAGUUGAUACCUUCAUUGACGAUAUAAAGAUGGAAAUACGGUCAAAUUUCAUAUUUAUAGAUAUAUCAUGUUUGAGUAUGGACAAAAAUUUCUAAAUUAUAUAAAUAUAUCGCGUUUAUUUAUCAAGUAAAAGAAAAGCACACACAUACCGAGAUGUAAUAAAAAUUUGUUUCGAAUCUUUUAAGGAGAGUCAGUGCAAGAAUAUGCGUUAUUUUUAUCUUCCUUCGGAUUUUCUCGUAUGUGUAAAACAUAUACCUAGCUUAUCAACAGGUAUAUGUAUAAUUCUUAUCAAUUAAGAAACAUUUUUGAAUAUUUUAUCGAGUCGCAUAUCAGUAAAUGCAACGGCAAACGAUUAUAUUUAUUUAUUUCGAUAUUUGAUGUUACGUUUGGUAUUGUUUUUAAUAUGUAAACAUUGUAAAUGGUAAUUGGUUUACCUAACCAACAUCAAGAAUGAGUUUGUUAAUCAAACUUUCGAUUACUUGGUCCACGUUCGGUGACAUUACUUUGCAACUCUGUAAAUUUUAUAUCUACAUCUAUCUUGUAUACCGCUAUUUUUUAUAUUUCUCGCGAAUAUUUGUAAUCUCUCUUAUCCUUGAGCGAAAAGCUUUUGGUUUGACAAAAGUGUCGUUAGCAGAGUCAGGUGUGUGGAAAGAUCCGAUCGGAUUGUUAGCUCGAAGUAAAGGAUAACAGAGCCGAUAUUUCACAUUCCACAGCUGCAAUUUCGUAUUCCAUUUAGCAUUUUUAUCUUCGAUUUGAAUCUAUGUUGUGAUUAAUCGCUUUCUUAUUUAUUGCGUGUAUUGUAAUAAUGCGGAUUUGCGUCCGAGUUUAGUAGAAGUUGUUGAUACGGAAAAGUAUUGUGCUAUUAAUUCGUGACUGUUGGAAAAGCCAAAAGACAAGACAGAUGCUAAAAUUUUUAUCGAAUACGGAAAUGUAUUGAGUGCUCUCCACUUGCACUUUCUCGAAAAUAACACAUAUCAUGUUUAUCAUUGCGUUCGCCCGCAGGACGCAAUAGUACGUUGAUGGACAUACAUCGAAUGCAUGAACAACGAAGGAACAAUGAAUGCGAAUAGAACGAAUAGAAUGCGAUACGUUGAAAGGAUGUUUUUUUAUAUAUAACUAAUUUGAUUUCGUAUUCGCUGUUCAUUCGUUCAUUCGUUCUUCGGUCGUAUAACAUGUAUAAAUCAACUGAGAGUGAUAAAAAUGAGCGAUGCUAACUCUUACUCGUUAUUAGGGAGAUUGAGACUCGUCGAAUUCGUUGGCGAGAUUCACCGGAAUUGCAUCUCAAAUGAUACGCGUAAAUUGACGAUGCCGCAACUCCGGAAAGAGCACUAUGUUACUACACAGUUCCUCAUUUCAACAACCAAUUUAAUUAUUUAUAAUUAACAAUGACGAAUUGUGAACACUGAAUAAUAAUCACAGACGGAGCCUGUGAUCCUAGCUAUAAAUAACCGCGAAACAUGUGAUUAACAUAUAGUUUAAGGUGUAAGCCACAGGACUGACGGACUCUACUUAUUAUUUUAUUAGCGCCUAAUGUCUUUAUGCGCGACGGAAACGAACAGGGGAACCGAUGCGCACUCGGUGAAUUUUGCUCUUUUUUUCCGUGUCUUUUUCCUUUUUGUACAAUGGGGGUUUGUGAUGCCAGCGAGAAUGCUCAGAUAUUAUUGUUAUUCGUACAGCCGGUGGAUCUUAGUGCCCGUAUUAGCGCGCGCGCUGCCGACUGGAGGCUAUUAUUUUUAUACAUUUAAUUAACGAGCGUAAAUCGCGAAGGAGCAAUGUAAACGGGCUGCGAAGGUGCAGCAUCCUCCGAUGGAUAUUAAAACGCUGUCGCUGUAUUAUAUUUUAUCUAGUUUAGAUAUGUCUUAUCAUGGAUAGAAUUAUUAAUUAUUGUUUUACGAAUACACACACCGACAUAUUUGUACAUAGACGACGUCGCGAUUUAUUUAAAUAAAUUAGCUCUAAUGUAAAUAAAUAUUAUCCGUAACGAAUCUGCGAUAAUGUGAUCCUAUUAAUAAAACGAAAUUACUUGAAGAUAUCCAUUUUCUGGUAUGCAAUUACCUAAUGGUCCUCGUACAGAUCCGUACGACUUUGACAGAUUACCGCGUGCUUUUGUAAAGCAAGGUAUAUUCAACAGCACGCAAAAUGUAUAUUACAUUUCGUCAUAUUAUAAGAGAUCACUUUGCAAUCACGCGUUAUCGACGUGAUCAACAAAUUAUCCGCCGUAUUAAUAUCGAGAUAUGGAAGUAUCGUCAAAAUCUUUCAGUAUCACGAGAUAAUAAAAUAAAAUAAAGAUUUUAGAUUUUAAUAAUA